GCUGGCUCUCCCCAUCUACCAAUUAUCGGUUUCUUUGGCUGUCUCAUCAAUGUAACCUUGUUUUACCCGACGAAUGAUGAUUUGGCGUUUAACCAGAAAACUCUUCAAUCGGAUCUCGAGCCCAACUUGACUCGGUAUGUGAUUGAGUGGGCGAUUGAUGGACAGACAAGAUCAGAAAAUAGCUAGCUGGCUAGGUAUGUAUGUGUGUGUGUGUGUGUGUGUACUCUGCGUGUAUAUUCUCCACGCAAUUAUGGUCUCCUCAACGCCAAACCAAGCUUCAUCGUGUGCCAAUUAAUCUAUGCAUGAGGCCCGAGAAGCAGAUCAUAGGCUUGCAACUACAUAUCCCUCCUUUCGACACGGCCAUCUUGCCUUGCUCUGGCUUCUUGUUCUCAAUGCAGAUACUCUAUCUAGCCCUUACACUUGCACCAAAUCCGAGAAUGCUGAUCAUCCCAACGACUCAAUUGAGAAUCUAACGAGACUCGACUUUUUACUUUUUUACUUUUUACGCUCGCCUCUACUGCUUUCACACCUUGGGCCUCAAUUUAACGGUCACUAAUCUGGAUUCAUGUCAAGAUCUUCGCCUCGUCGGCUACUCCAGAGGCACAGUCACACAUGCCCAUGUCGAUGGACCGUGGGAGAGACCCAAUCCUUCAGACAAAUGGCGUUGACCAGAUGGGACCUCACAAUAAUAACAGUAACGCCACAACGCAAGCAAGUACCGGGCAUGGACGCAGAAGAGCCUAUGAUACCGCCUCCAGCUUCCUAGGAUGUCCAGAAAGCAUGAUGACUCUCUCAUGUAUCUCUCUCCACCGCAUAUCCAGAAUUCUUGGUUCUUUUGCCCUGCAAUCUAAUUAUUGGUACGUUCUCCAUACAUGUACUCACACAUACGUACAUAUCAUGUACAGACGCCAUUCGUACGCUACGUUAUAUUGCGUCCCGCCCUUUCCCUCCUGUGAGUACGACCAAAAAUAAAUGAAGCCAGUGUCGAGACUCCAUCGAGCUGCAGGAACCAAAAGUCCAAUCGCCGCCAGUGGAUUCUCGCUCUGUCGCUCUGGUUAUCCUGUCGACUCGAAAAAGCAUCGUCUCCAUUAUUUUAGACGGGAAAAACUAUACGGUGACAGUCCCCACACUCUAGGCCCUAUUACCUAUCCUUUUCCCGCUAGGUACGACCUGACCUUAUGGUCAACCACAACCACAACGACUGGUAAUCCUCCAAAAGACUCUUAAGAAAAUCAUCGGCAUUUUUUCUUUCUUCGCUUUUCUUCUUUCUCCUUUCUGUUUUUGCUUUUGGCUCUUGAACAGUCAACCUAUUAAUCUUUCGUUGCAUGUCCGGGAUUUCCUACAGCUUUUGCUUUGUUUCAAUACCCAUAUACCCUGCCCUGAGAUACCCUACCCUGGUGGUGAUCCAUACGUUUUUCAUGAUCCAUUUGCUGCCUUCACGUGCUCCAAUCCAAGUAUACUGGAUACACACUUAAUUUCCUGCCAUUACGACCACACCAUCUCGGCUUUUCAAUAUUCCCAUGCAGUAAAGUCUUCGCUGAGACGCAGAUCCCCGGGUCAAUAAUCUAAGAGAGUGGUAAAAAGUCUUGACAUAAUUUAGACUCUCCCGUUGAGACCCAGCUUGUUUCCCAUAUAACAUAGAUCAAAUGUCAAGAAUAUACCCUUGUCACUAUUUAUAACCACCGGUGGAUCCAUACACAUCUUCCCUUGAAGAAUGUUACUUGAAGCAAGAAGUCAUGGCAUCCAACAAUAUGCAAUUUGGUUUACCAUCCAGGCCAAAUGUUACAGUAUCGCAAAGAAGAGUUCCACGCCCGACCCAACCACAAGAAGUUGGCAAGCCACGGGGCAUGAGAGACGAUAGUGCAUACAUUCGAUCCAGACGAGAGCAAAGAAGGGCAAACUUGGAGCUUAAUCAGCAGACACAACUACCUCGGCCAAGCAUACGACAACCGUCGCCAGUACCAAGAUCGAAAUCCGAGACUGGAUCUAGAGAAACGGCAACGCCUCUAUUAGGACUUGGAGCUCGUUCAAACGGAGAUGUUUCUAACAUACACUUGCUUCCGGCCGUCAACGGAAAAGUAUCUGGAAAUGUUUUGAGGAGAAAGCCUUCAUCGAUAGCUCAACAUGCCGAGUUUAGUCGGCCAACAACGGCCAGGACGGCAAAUAGUUCCCCAGCUAAUUGGGGUCAUGUAUCUGGACCUAAGCCUACUACGCAAGCUUCAAUAAAUCCAGGAGCUCCACGUAUAGAAACCUCACAGCAAGUUCGCAAGGGUUCUUCAUCUUCUAUUAAGGAAGUACCGCCACGGAUCAUACCGGAGCUGGAUAGAUAUCGAACGAAACCCGAACAGCACCGUGAGGAGUUGAAUGCUAAGUUUGGAUCUAACAUUCCCUACAAAUUGAAGACUCCCGAGAUAUCUCCUCCAACCCCUUCAAUGUCUGCAGGUUUUGUAAGUUCAGGAUCCAGCCACAAAAGGUAUAGCGGAUAUAGUGGAAGUGGAUACAGUGCAAGCCCUUCUACAAGGUUUUCCGAGUCACCAGGUCCAAGCGCUUAUAGUAGAGAUACUACUCCUACUUCGAUGUCAUCUGUAUCGCCUAGUAUCUUUGUACCUUUCAAGUCUAGUAUUCCAAGUCGUCGAGGAAGUAGUCCGACCAGGACCAGGCCGCCUGUUACUCGGAGACGCGAAAGUGAUGCAUCAAAUGAGCUCAACAAUGCAAUCAAUGAUUCACGCGGGCUACCAUCGUUGCGAGAGUCUGUGAAUUCUUCUUCGUCUAAUUCUACGGUUAAGGCGGAUGGAAAAGCUCGGGAUAAGGGGCAUAAGAAGAAGAAGUCGUUAUCUUCUCUUCCACCUAGUCCACCACCUCGUAAGUCUUCUAAUCAAUUUCAGAGGUCACCACAAGAAAAGGUGUUACCUACCAAAGCAAUCCCAAAUCCAUCAUACGCUGGAUCGAUUCCAUCGCCAAUAUCAUCCCCUCCAAGGCCAUCAGUUCCAUUGAUAGAGACGAUCGAUAGACCUUCACCCCCAAGAAGACCUAGCAGGGAUGGUACCCCGGAUUUAAGGUCCCAGAUUGGAGACUUUGCAGUACUUCAAAGCAAUUUUACUGGUAUGAGGUUUACACACAAUAAGAGCAAUAGUGUUUCCUCACAAAGAGCAGCAUCGUCCCCUCUUCAGACCUCAGUGACCCAAGCAUCACUAGACUCAUCCCGGAACCCAUCUCCGGCUCCAGUCCACCCACUACAGCGGGAUCCUACUCCAGCACCUACUGGUCUUGGAAUAAUCCCAAGCCUCAGGCCACCUUCUCGCGGUCGCGUCACUCGCACUCCAAGUCCAAGUGUUGAUAGUGGAAAGCAUCGUUUUGGACUUUUUGGUCGAAGGACAAAGACAGCCCCCGAAGUAACAACUAUCUCGACAGAAAAAUCUCAAAAGAAAGGACCAGCUGCAGGUACUGGCCAUGAAGGGUAUACAAGAUAUGCCCUGCGUGGGCGUACUACCACCAGACCUGCUACAGGAAAGCCUCGAGAAAGAAGUCUAAGUGGAGCUCCAAUAUCUAAAGACCAACUGGAUACCACGGAUCCAUUUUUCCGGGAUCGUAUGAGCCCUGUUAUCAUAUCAGGUGGUGGAACCAUAAAGGAGAAUCGCAACUCUAUUGUUGAAGUCGUCAGUGGUACAGAAAGUAACACUAGCCUUCCUAUACUAGAUCAGAACAUUUCUCAGAAUGGUUUGAGUCAAGCGACGCCCAAAGCUAUUUUGCAACCAUCGGCGUUUCCAAAAGAAAAUAGUGAGAGAACUUCUACUAUAGAUACUUCCAAUGUUAGAAGGCCUUCCGACAGCCAGGAUGAAGAUCAGCCAAAGAAUCCAUCCAUUGCAUUCCGAAGGUCGCUUCAACGUCUCAAUAGUGCGACAACAAUUUUAAAUAUUCCUCAACCACUAAAUAUCCCAACGAAAGGUCCUUCAUCUUCAAUAAGUAGCCUGGAUCCUAGCUUAAUGUCUGGAGAAUCACAACUGGAAUUAGAAGAAAUCGAGCGUGGAAGACAAGCCCAACUUAGUAAGCCGGCAAAAUUGGAGAAGCGAGCAAGGUCACCACGAAAGUGGAAUUUCUUUCAUCGACAUGCGCCCAAGCCAGAGACCGAGAUCAAAUCUGAUGCGGUACCUGUCACCAUUGGUAGACAACCUGUUAAGCCCAUACCCCACUACGCUAUGUUUGAAUUUUCUGAUGAGCCAGAAGAUACCGAUAGUGUGGAUUUAGCGGAAAUUUUGAGAGAUUCAGAGGUGGUAGGACUAACUGAUGAGCAAUUGAACGAACUGAGGUUUAGUAAUUAUAAGGAAAAUAUCCGACGUAUCGAGGAGCUUCAAACAGCAAUGGCACCUUCACUCCCAGAGAUGGUUCCAGCAACCGUUGCCUUUUCACCGCCGGAAUUAGUAAUGCCAUCACCACCACAAGUCCCUCAGACUCAUACAGAUUCUCAAGUCCAGAGAGAAGUGACACCCAUUCGACCAAGUCGCCUCCAACAAGUUGGUCGAAUCCCAAAGGUCGUCUCCGCAAGACCUGAAGCUACAUCUCCAAUAUCCUUCUCAAGACCAUUUGCACGAUUGAGUACCAUACAACCUGUCGUGGAUUUAUCUUCAUUUGAUGUAGAUUCGGUUGCUUUAGGUGCAAGCCCACCGAAAUUUUCCAGCCCUGAAACUUACCCGGCACAAUUCAACAGUCCAUCAUAUCAACGAGAAUUUCUAGCUUUCUCGCCAAGAAGGUCUCCCAGGAAUAAUUCCACAGCUACAACCAGUAGUUCAAGCACAAUCAAUGGUGCUGAGAUUACGGCAAUUAUUCCCGAACCUGAUUCGGCGUUAGCAGAAGAUGAAGUCUGGGACGAAUACGACGAUUUGAUCGAAACGGAAAGUACGGCAAGAAAAUCUCGCAUUGUUUCUACAACGUCAUCUUAUGGUGUUCCAUUUCAGUACGAAACUUAUCAAAGUCCCUCUACCCGCAUUAUCAAGCCCAUGCUUCAAGCUUCUCCUUUUCCCAAUCGCGAAUUGCCUGACAUACCACGUCGAAGAUCUGCAAUCACAUCUAUAGCUUCGAGUUGCUAUAGCAUCGAUGUCGACGCGACUACGAAAUUUGGAGGCCAAGAUACCCUGAAAUCGAAUCCAUCGCCAACAGCUCCAACAUUUUCUCCCGAAUCACUCAAACGCAACGAUUCUACCCAUUCAACUAAAUCUCGACGAAUUUCCAUAGUCGAAGCACGAAAAUCGGGUUCUAGUGAUACAUCACGGAUAUCAGGAGCUAGUCUCUUGAGAAUUGAAUCUGAAGAAAGUAGUUCUCCGAUUUCACAAGUCAAUUUGAGAGUGGGAAGUAUGAGUGUUAGUAAAUGGCUUACUUUUGGGAAUGUAUUGUUCAGUCCAGCUAGAGAUGAGGUAGGCAAUUUGAUGGAUGGACCCAGGACGAAAUGUCAUUCCAUUUUAGUUAUUGAUGGACUUGGCAAUGACGACUGGUCUUUCUACGCCGCAGAAACUUAUCCAACCUGUACAUUCUACAAUUUAUCCCCUACCGCUCCUCCGCCAACUGCCAAUACUAAGAAUCCCGCCUAUCUACUUCCUCCUCCUAACCACCGACAAAUUCAAUUUUCUCCUCUUAGUAGCACUUCCAAAUUUCCUUUUCCAUCUUCUACAUUCAGCACCGUAAUUUUCCGCUUCCCUUCCUCUCUCACUACCCAAACUUAUAAUCACAUACUCUCUGAGUCUCGACGCGUACUCAAACCUGGUGGAUACAUCGAAAUUACGCUUCUCGACCUCGAUAUGUUGAAUAUGGGUCCUCGUACUCGUCGCGCUGUGCGAGGUCUAAAAACGAGAUUGAAGAAUAGAGAUGAGGGUGUUGUAUUGGGCAGUCUGGGAGAUAUGAUUCUUAGAGGACUUGGAGCGAGAGGAUUCGGUGAUGUGAAGAGUUGUCGGGUAGGGAUCCCGGUGGUCGGAGUGUUGGAACGGGCUAGGAGUGGAAAGGAGAAGGCAAUGGAAGAUGGAAACCGACGAAAUGGAAAGAAAGAAGACAGAAGUUUGGCCGAAAUGAUGAAGGAGGAGAGUGAAUCUGCAGAUGAAAGCAUCACACGAAUGGUAGCGAAGGUGGGAAGGUGGUGGUAUGGACGAUGUUAUGAAGCUUCCUUGCUUGCUUUUGAAUCGAAAACGAAGAUGGAAAACGAUGAGAAUGAGGGAGGGGACUCGAAAGAGAAAGAAACGAAAAGCAUCUUCACCGAUAUCAAGGUCUUGGAUGAAUGCGAGAAGUGGAACGCGAGUUUCAAAUUGGUGGUUAUACAUGCACAGAAACCGGUGGUAGUUAGGAGGAGAACUAACAGUGUUUGAAUUUCGCUCUAUUAAAGAAGACAUGAUUUAUGAAUGAAAGAAGGAAAAAUUUUUAAAAAUUCAUGAGAUGGUUGGAUGGGUGCGAACCCGAUUUUUUGUAUACAGGUUUCCUUUUUCUUUCUUUUUUCUUGGAUUUGAUUCGACUCGAUUCUAUUCGAUUGGAGGUCACCGGUUGGCUUAAUUAUAAUGCAGUGCGAUCUGGGAUUGCGGGUUUGGUGAUUUGGGAUUUUGAUUGGAUGGAACGGGAUUGAAUAGUAUGAGGUGAGAGGAGGUGGAUGAAAGAGGUGGAUCGAAGAGGUUGAAAAGAUAUGGUUUAUGAAUUAUGAUGAGUUUAUGAAGUUUACUAUUUCUUUUAUAAGUGGCUUGGGUGGUUUGAAUGGUGGGUGGUGUGUUGUAAUGUUAUCUAUUAUAAGGGUGGGGAGAGGUAGUGAUGGAGAGGAGGAGAAAAGAGUUCUAUAGGAAAGAGAUUGAAGGAUUGAUAUAUAUCAAGAGAAGAAAGAAGAGAAGAGAAGAUACUCAAUUAGUGAGUCAAGUGUAGAUAUAUAGGAUGAUAAAUCAAUAAAUCAAUUACA